UAACCUUAAGUAUUUCAUAUUCAAGCAGCUAUUAUCCAUGGCAGAACUGCACAUCAAGUAUUCAACCAUUUAGAAACUUAUGGCUUUUCUAUCCCAAAUUCUUCUUGUUUUCCUCUGUUUUCACAUCUUAAUCCACCCAUCUGCACAAACUUCUUCUUAUCACACUUCUUUAGUGUACAAGAACUGCACAACAAAGACAUUCACAGGUGGAAAAAAGUCUCACUCUCAAUCACUCUCCUUCUUUUUCCAAGUACUCACAUCACAAUCAUCUCGGCACAAGUUCUAUAAAACCACCACAGGUGAUGAAGAUACCGGUAUUUCUGGACUUUUCCAAUGCAGAGGAGAUCUAAGCAACAAUGAAUGCCGCGACUGCAUAAGCAAACUUCCUGAAGUGUCAAACUCAUUGUGUCUAAACGCAGCAUCAGCCCGGAUUCAGCUACACGGAUGCUAUGUUCAUUAUGCAACUGAUGAGUUUAGUGAUGUAGGUUCUUCCAAGCAUGAGCUACUUCACAAGAUUUGUGGUGAACAAAAGGCGGUGUUUAGCGGAUUUGAAGAGGUGAGAGAUGCAGCAUUUGCAGCAAUGGAGAGUGGUAUUGCCGGUGGUAUUCGGUAUUUUGCUGGGGACUAUGAGCUAAUGCAUAUGGCGGCACAGUGUGAGGAGGAUUUAGAACGGUGUGAUUGCGGGGAAUGUGUGAACAUUGCCGUACAGAUUGCUCAAGAAGAGUGUGGUGAAUCACUUUCUGGCGAAAUUUAUUUGGACAAGUGCUAUAUUAGUUAUAAUUAUUAUCCAGAUGGAAUACCAGGGACUACAAAUUCAGGAAGUGGAGGUGGGGGUAACACAGGAAAAUCGGUAGCAAUUGUCUUGGGAGGAGUAGCUGCUUUGGGCCUUGUGUUUCUCUUCCUGCUGUUCAUCAGGAAAUUAGGGAAGAAAGAUGAUGAUUGUUGAGACUUGAAAGGACAUUAGAAUUUAGAGAUGAGUAGAAGUUUCCUUUGGUGGGUUGUACUCUGUUUUUACUUGAUAGGCAAGGAAUGAGAAUUUGUGCUGGUUGUUAAGCUUGGUAGAGGCAGACUUGAAUUCGAGGGAAUGAGAAUGGAUAUUCGUUCAUAAAUGAAAUCUAUGUGCACAU